AUGGCUCCCGCCUCUCACGACCACAUCCUGACGCUCUCAUGCCCGGACAAGUCCGGCAUCGUCCACGCCGUGACGGGGGUGUUUGCGGCCGAGAAGCUCAAUAUCCUGGACCUCCAGCAGUUCUCCGACCCCGUAUCGGAAAAGUUUUUCAUGCGUGUGCACUUUGGGCCGACCGAGUCCGAGUCGACGGAGCACCUCAAGGGCCCGUUCGACGCCCUCGCCGCCGAUCUCCAGCUGGACUGGUACCGCAUCCGGCCCGUCGCCCGGAAGCUGCGCACCCUGAUCAUGGUCUCUAAGAUCGGACACUGCCUCAACGACCUCCUCUUCCGCGCAAAGUCGGGCCAGCUGCCCAUUGACAUCCCUCUCAUCGUCUCCAACCACAACGAAUACCAGGGCCUGGCCGGCAACUACGGCAUCGACUUCCACCACUUGCCUGUCAACAAGGACACCAAGGCUGAGCAGGAAGAGGCUAUCCUGCGCCUGGUCAAGGAGAACGACAUUGAGCUCAUCGUUCUGGCCCGCUACAUGCAGGUCCUGUCACCCAAGCUGUGCGAGGCCAUGUCCGGCAAAAUCAUCAACAUCCACCACUCCUUCCUGCCAUCUUUCAAGGGCGCGAAGCCCUACCACCAGGCCUACGAGCGCGGUGUCAAGAUCAUUGGCGCGACGGCCCACUUCGUCACAGCUGACCUGGACGAGGGCCCAAUUAUUGAGCAGCGCAUCGCUAGAGUUGACCACUGCAUGAGCCCCAAGGACCUUGUCGAGGAGGGAUCCAACAUUGAGAGCCAGGUUCUGGCUGCCGCAGUCAAGUGGACUGCCGAGGGACGCGUGUUCCUCAACAAGACCAAGACGGUUGUUUUCAAUUAG